AGCUCACCUCUCUCCCCUCUGGCAGCAUCCGCAGUGUCAUGCAGAAGUACCUGGAGGACAGGGGCGAGGUGGUCUUUGAGAAGAUCUUCUCCCAGAAGCUAGGAUACCUGCUCUUCCGAGACUUCUGCCUGAACCACCUGGAGGAGGCCAAGCCCCUGGUGGAGUUCUACGAGGAGAUCAAGAAAUAUGAGAAGCUGGAGACUGAGGAGGAGCGGUUGGUGUGCAGCCGGGAGAUCUUUGACGCCUACAUCAUGAAGGAGCUGCUAGCCUGCUCACAUCCCUUCUCAAAAAGUGCCACCGAGCACGUCCAGGGCCACUUGGCAAAGAAGCAGGUGCCACCAGACCUCUUCCAGCCCUAUAUUGAAGAGAUUUGUCAGAACCUCCGAGGGGACGUGUUCCAUAAAUUCAUCGAGAGCGAUAAAUUCACGCGCUUCUGCCAGUGGAAGAACGUGGAGCUCAACAUCCAUGUGAGUGGGUGGGGUUCGAGCCAGGGCGCCCCCUGGAGGCAGCCCGGGCAGGUGGUUCUCUGUGCUGUUCCCUGUACAGUUCUCUGUGCUGUUCCCUGUACAGUUCUCUGUGCUGUUCCCUGUACAGUUCUCUGCUGUUCCCUAUGCCAUUCCCUAUAUAGUUCUCUGUCUGUUCCCUACACUGGACUUACGCUGUUCCCUAUACAGUUCUCUACAUCAUUCCCUGUCCCACUCUCUGCUGUUUCUUACGUUGGCCCCACACUGUGUACACUGUUGCUUGCACUGUUUGCCGUGCUCUUCCCGAGGCUCUUCCCGAGACCCUUCCCUAUGCCCCGAGGCUCUCCCCUACAGUCUUCCCUGUACUGGCCUCUCUGCACUAUUCCUGCGCUGGUUCUUACAAUGCUUCCUGCACAGUCCUCUAUACUGUUCCCCGUGCUGUCCCUGCGCUGCUCCCCACACUAUCCCUUAUGCUUUUCCCUACCCUACGCCCUUGGCUGCCCCCUCCCUUCCUGCCUUUGCUUGAGCAGCACCCACUGCCCCAUAGGUCCCUGGGCCAUCAGCAUUCCCUCCAACCCCCCACCCCAGAAUCUCUGGUUUGUGUCCCAUGCUUGGAGUGGAGCCUCGCUGCCUCCGCAAAGGUCCCCAGAGCUAGCGGUGCGGUGCGGCCCCUCCCACAGGUACGCCAUGAAGUGUCUGGAUAAGAAGCGCAUCAAGAUGAAGCAGGGGGAGACACUGGCCCUGAACGAGCGCAUCAUGCUGUCCCUCGUCAGCACCGGGGACUGCCCCUUCAUCGUCGGCAUGUCGUACGCAUUCCACACGCCUGACAAACUCAGCUUCAUCCUGGACCUCAUGAAUGGUGGAGACCUGCAUUACCACCUGUCGCAGCACGGGGUCUUCUCUGAGGCCGACAUGCGCUUCUACGCAGCCGAGAUCAUCCUGGGCCUAGAACACAUGCACAAUUGUUAUGUCGUCUACCGAGACCUGAAGCCAGCCAACAUCCUGCUGGACGAGCAUGGCCACGUGCGCAUCUCGGACCUGGGCCUGGCCUGCGACUUCUCCAAGAAGAAGCCCCACGCCAGCGUGGGCACCCACGGCUACAUGGCCCCUGAGGUCCUGCAGAAGGGCGUGGCCUAUGACAGCAGUGCCGACUGGUUCUCCCUGGGCUGCAUGCUCUUCAAGUUGCUUCGGGGGCAUAGCCCAUUCCGGCAGCAUAAGACCAAAGACAAGCACGAGAUUGACCGAAUGACGCUGACAAUGGCCGUGGAGCUGCCUGAUUCCUUCUCCCCGGAACUCCGCUCUCUGCUGGAGGGGCUACUGCAGCGGGAUGUCAACCGGAGGCUGGGCUGCCUGGGUCGCGGGGCACAGGAAGUGAAGGAGAACCAUUUCUUCCGCUCCCUGGACUGGCAGAUGGUCUUCUUGCAGAAGUACCCGCCCCCACUGAUCCCUCCCCGCGGUGAGGUGAACGCAGCCGACGCCUUCGACAUCGGCUCCUUCGAUGAGGAGGACACAAAAGGGAUUAAGUUACUAGACAGCGACCAGGAGCUGUACCGAAACUUCCCCCUGACCAUCUCUGAGCGGUGGCAGCAGGAGGUGGCCGAGACCGUCUUCAACACCAUCAACGCGGAGACUGACCGGUUGGAGGCCCGCAAGAAGGCGAAAAACAAGCAGCUGGGCCACGAGGAGGACUACGCCCUGGGCAAGGACUGCAUCAUGCACGGCUACAUGGCCAAGAUGGGCAACCCCUUCCUGACCCAGUGGCAGCGGCGCUACUUCUACCUGUUUCCCAACCGGCUGGAGUGGCGAGGCGAGGGCGAGGCCCCACAGAGCCUGCUGACCAUGGAGGAGAUCCAGUCGGUGGAGGAGACGCAGAUCAAGGAGCGCAAGUGCCUGCUGCUUAAGAUCCGAGGCGGGAAGCAGUUCGUGCUGCAGUGCGACAGCGACCCCGAGCUGGUGCAGUGGAAGAAGGAGCUUCGCGAUGCCUACCGGGAGGCCCAGCAGCUGGUGCAGCGCGUGCCCAAGAUGAAGAACAAGCCUCGCUCACCGGUCGUGGAGCUGAGCAAGGUGCCGCUCAUCCAGCGCGGCAGCGCCAACGGCCUCUGACUGCCAGCCCGCCUUUUAUAAACCUCUAAUUUAUUUUGUCGAAUUUUUAUUAUUUGUUUUCCCGCAAAGCGGAAAAGGUUUUAUUUUGUAAUUAUUGUGAUGAUCCUGUGGCCCCAGCCUGGCCCAGCUCCCCUGCACCUCCACACCCCAGGGGCCCCGCUUGCCUUGGCUCCUGUGGCCACCCACCCAGCUGUCCCCAGCCCUGACCCCCGCAGGGGUCAUCUGCUUCCAGUGUCUUCCUGUGGGGGGAGAGCAGCAGCCAUAGGCAGCCCUCAGGCCCAGCCAGCGCAGGGCAAGCCACGGGUCUGCUCCAGGAAUUCUCCCACGUGGCCUCCCAUGGAGCACCCUGGGAAAAGGCCCCCAGGAGCUGCCAAGAGUGACUUGGGCUCCUUGGCCACCGCCCUUCCCAUCUCCCUGGACACUGGGCCUGACCAGGUGACGGCAUAGCAGUGGGUGCUGCAUCCCUCCUUGCAGGCCCAGGUUUAGGGACCAGAAAGGCCACUUUUGACUGUGCCAAACCUGCCUGGCUGGGCCGAGCGGCCAGCCUGGGGCUGGGCAGCAGCAGCAGCAGCGGUGGCAGGGGGGCACAGUAGGAGCAGCCCUUCCCUUACCACCCACCCCAGGCCCGUGUCUGUCAGUACCACCACCUGCCACCUCGCUGCAUGCCCCCCGUGCCCAUCGCGCUACUGUGUGUGGUGCUGCCUCCCCCGGGGCUGGGGCGGCGCGCCCUCCCCAUCUCCUCACUCCCGGUGCGUUUCUUUGCCGAUUUUUGAAUGUGAUUUUAAAGAGUGGAAAAUGAGACGAUGCAUUUUUAUAAAAAAUGGUGCCUGA